CGCCGGCGGGCGCUAAGAGCAGCUGCACGGUGUUGGGCGGCUUUGAGUACCUUCCAGCACCUGCGGGUUGGAGGAACGCUGCUCGCAGCUCUCUGUCGGCACGUCUCCGUCCGUCCUUACCCACCUUAUCCUGCACCCGGUCGCUGAGAGCAACCUUCCUCCGCGACCCCGCGUCUGAGGCACGGCCGGAGGCUAGAGGUGGCCUGCCGGGUUCUUGUCUGGCCCUCGCCCCGAGCGCCCGCGGAGCCCGCCGCCCGCGGCCUCAGCGGGACGAUGCUGGAGUCCAUUCGCGUGACGGAAAAGCUUCACUGGCCUGAGCAAGAACUUGCUAAGAAGUCUAUUCUAAAUGCAGAAGAGUCCUUGAUCAUUGACAGCAAAGGAAGCAUUUCACAUUUAUCUCCUGGAAUACUAAAGGACAUUUUCACAACUGGAACCAGUAGUUACAAUGUCCUACUACAGAGCAAAGAGGAGAAAAAACAUCAUUCACAAAAACAGUCUUCCUCCAGCUACUCCAAAAGAUGUAGAAAACCCAGCAAAUCUCCUAGCUCUUCACGUAGUAAAGAUCUUCGCAAGAUGAAAGCCCCAGUGCCUGUGAUGAGCAGUGAUACUUGGUACUGCCUAGAAAGGCAGCCUGCUGUUUUUGUCACUAGUUCAGUGUCAAGUCCUGUAAAGUUUACACAUGGUAUCUCUGUUACAGGAAACAGCACAGUACUGCCACCUAAACCCAAAAAUGAAAGAAAGGUCAAGCGACGCCAUUUCUCCACUCUUCCAAAGCCAAAGCCGCGGCCUCAGCUGUCUAGAAGUUUUGAAAAAGGAGAUGACUUUUCUGGAAAGAAAUUUUGUAUACUGACUGCUAUAAAGCCCACCAACUUGGAGAAAGAAAAAGUGAGAUUCUUUAAGUCUGACUAUACCUACAAUCCUCAGUUUGAAUAUGCUAAUCCUUCUCUGCCAAGUGUGUUAGCCAAGCACAGCAACGCAACUGACCGGUUUCUUAAGCAGUCCAUCAAUAUUAUGGAACUGACUUUACAAAAGUAUGGAAGCUAUGAAAAAUUUGAACAGGCCACUGGUGGUAGCCUGCUAUCUAAAACUCGAAUCUGGAGUCAUGUUAGGAAAUACAUGAUGAAAGAAGGCUGCAUGGGUGAGAUUGUAGUUCAUCUCACUGAGGACCUGCUUUCCCGAGCUUCCAUGACAGUAGUAAAUGGAUGUCCAACACUGACCAUCAAUGUUUGCACCGCACGUGAGCAUUGGCUGGAAGGAAUGCUGAGGCAUGAAAUAGGCACACAUUAUUUUCGAGGUAUUAACAACCUUCAGCAGCCAUGGAACAGUUGGACUGGCCGUAAAAAACAUGAGCUAAAGCCAAACAAUCCCACAGAGGAAGGACUGGCAAGUAUUCACAGCGUCCUGUUUAGAAGAGACCCCUUUUUAUGGAGGGCUGCCCUCCUCUACUACACUGUUUAUCGAGCCAGCCACAUGUCUUUUUGUGAAUUAUUCAAAGAUAUUGGAAAGUUUGUCAAGGACCCCAAUACAAGAUGGGAUUAUUGUGUACGAGCCAAGAGGGGAUGGACUGAUACCUCCCAACCAGGUGCUGACUCAGUGGCGGCUGUGCGCACUCGCUCUGGCCGGGGCUCACGAUCCCCGCUCUCCGUUUGGCUCCCGCAGGAGCCGGGUUCGGCUGCGGUGGGCACAGUGCAAGUGGGUGGCUCCGUGCCCGGCUCACUGGCUGCGGGACUGGGGUGUUUCAGUAAAGACCAGGUAUACUUGGAUGGUAUCCUGCAAAUCCUCCGAUAUAGAGAGACCAUUGACUUUCAUCUACUGACGGCCCUGGGGAAGGUCUCUUAUGAAGAUGUGGAUCGCUUAAAAGGAUUGGCAGUUACUGAAAACAUGAGGGUCCCUCACUUUCUGCAGGACCAUGGCCGAUAUAUGGAACACUUAGAGAAGAUCAUGGAAGUGAAUGAACUGACUGACAGGGAACUGAAAGAUCUUAUAUAUUAAUUAGCAUUCUUGCAAACAUAGCUAAGCUAUACCUCCAUGUAUAUUACCAAUUAGGUGCAGUUAGCACCAGCAGAUUUAUAAAUGAAGAAUGACUGUUUACAUGAGUUUUCUGAAGAAUGAUCUGCAGUAUUCAGCUGAAUAUUUAGGUUAAGAGCAAACUUUAAACUGUUUCCCUAAAAUGUUUCUAUAGGCUACAGGGGAAAGUUACUCCUGUUUUCAUCUGAAUCUCAACAGAGUCAGAUGAAAAUACUGCUGAUGGGUGUUUUUGAGGAAUCUUGAUCAAAUUGAGUGAUAAACUUCUGCCUGAGCACCAAGACCAGCUCUUACUAGAGAUGGAAUUCCUGUGUUGUUCAAACUCCAAGGUAAUAUUUUAUUUAAUAAAUAAUGGUAAUUAUUCUCCUUUGAAAAAUUAGUCUGUGUUAUACUCCCAAAAGCUAGAAAAUAAGAAAUUUAAGAUUUCUUAUUUUCUUA